GUGUGAAGCAAGCAUCCAUUCUCAUCAAUGGGGGUUUCUUAACCCACGGGAAAUACACAUCUCUUUGUUUUCUCUCUCAUCAUGUGUACGGUGACUCUGGUUCUGAUGCUUCAUCCACAAUCCUAAUUCUAAUAGCGAAAAAGGAGAGAAAUGAGUCAGGAAUUGAUGUGUGUGGCACAGCCGGCGGCUCCGCCAACUUUACCAGCGGCAGCGCCAUCAUCGCCACCGCCGACAUCUCUUGCACCUGGAUUCCGGUUUCACCCAACCGAUGAGGAACUUGUGAGGUAUUAUUUAAGGCGUAAGGCUUGUGGGAAGCCGUUUCGAUUCGAAGCUGUAUCCGAAAUCGAUGUCUACAAAUCCGAACCCUGGGAACUUGCUGAUUAUUCUUCGCUGAAGACGAGAGAUCUUGAAUGGUACUUCUUCAGUCCUGUAGAUAGGAAGUAUGGCAAUGGUUCUCGUUUGAAUCGUGCUACUGGGAGAGGGUAUUGGAAGGCAACUGGGAAGGACCGUCCUGUACGCCAUAAGUCUGAGAUGAUAGGGAUGAAGAAAACGCUGGUCUUCCAUAGCGGUCGGGCCCCAGAUGGCCAGCGCACUAAUUGGGUAAUGCAUGAAUAUAGACUUCUGGAUCAAGAGUUGGAGAGAGCUGGAGUAGUGCAGGAUGCAUUUGUGCUAUGCAGAAUUUUCCAGAAAAGUGGUUUAGGACCUCCCAAUGGGGACCGUUAUGCACCCUUUAUUGAGGAAGAAUGGGAUGAUGAUGCAACCCUCAUGGUUCCUGGUGGAGAGACUGAGGAUGAUAUGACCACUGGCGAUGAGGCUCAGGCUCAAGGAAAUGACUUUGUGCAGGAAGUUGCUGACAUCAACGUGCCUUAUCGAAGUGAGGGAUCUCUGAUGGAUCAUCCUGAAACCAUCCCGUUUGUGUGCAAAAGGGAAAGGGCCGAAGGUUGUGUUUUAAACCGUGGACCUGCUGAGCUACAGACCUUUUCUCUGUUCCACAACAAAAGGCCAAAGCAAAGUGCUCUUAAUGCCAAUGGCAGCAAUGGAAAUGGUUCAGAAGACUCGACCACAAGCCAGGAUCCAAGGACCACAAAAGUAUCAUCUGCACUCAUGGAGUUCCCUCUGCUGCAGUCUCUUGAAGCAAAAGAAAGCUACCCAUCAGGUAGCCAACCAUCAUUUGACUCUUCUACGCUUGAGAAAUCGGUUCCCCCCGGGUAUUUGAAGUUUAUACAUAAUCUAGAGAACGAGAUUCUCAAUGUUUCAAUGGAAAGAGAGACUUUGAAGAUUGAAGUGAUGCGUGCACAGGCGAUGAUCAACAUUCUUCAGGCCAAAAUUGGUGAGUUGAGCAGGGAGAACGAUGAGUUGAAAAGGGGUCGGGCAGGUAAUGUUGUCGCAUAAUGCAGCCUAGAUUUUGUAGUUUUUUGGUGGUAGGAAACCAAGACUCGUGUUGUUGUUAUGCGAUGAAUUGGAAGAAGAGCUAGCCAGCCAGCUGCUAGAGGUCUAGUUUGUAUGUAUGUAAGCUGUCCUUGGACAAACGUUGCGUUGAAUUAAUAAAGCGUGCUUCACGACCUUUUUGGUCGCGUGUUUAUU